AUGAAAACACCAGCUCUUCUUUUUUGCCUCCUAGGGACAAUUCAAUCAUUGCCGAUACUACAGCUGAUGAGGAUGUAUCCAGUACAAGGCCUUGGUCAACAACAAGCACAGCAGUUUCUUCCGGGCAUGGGACUUCCUCCUGCAAACCUGGUUCUGGAUCAGCCAACAUUAGUCACCCCACAACAGCCAAACCAGCUCUUCCCUCCUUUGGGCCAAAUACCACUAACACAGAUGUUCUCACUGGGGACAGACAUGCAACUGAUAAAUCCAGCUACAGGACUAGUACCUAGCAUCCAGAUACUCCCAAUGACCCUGAUGGAUACAAAUACUGCACAGCAGGUAUCUCCACAACAAAUGUUCCCCGUCAUUGUAGCACAAGUUGGAACCCAGGGCACCUUACUAAGCUCAGAAGAAUUGCCAAUGGCUCCACAGAUCUUCACAGGACUUCUCAUCCAACCUCUUGGUACCGGAGCCAUGCUCCCAACUGGCCAAGAAAGGAUAAAUGCUAAUACCCAGGAUGCAGCUCUUCCUGCAGGACAAACAGGAGGAAACCCCGCCUUCUGGGGAACCCCAGAAGGCCAGUUCCCAACUCCCAGUGGUCCAGAUGACACAUUUGAAGCUACCAUCCCAGUGGGAAUUCAAAGAACAGCUGAGGGGAGCACCACUGAAGCACCAAACGGUGGGUUUUUCCAAACCCAUAAAAUGCCCCUUGGCCCUAAAAAGACAGCUGAAGGCAGUGUGAGACAGCUGUUCUUGGGCGAUCUCUCUGCCAUGGCAGAUGUGAAUCCCAUUCACACCAGGGAGCUUCCUUCUACUUCAGAGCUGACUCCAACAGGAGGCAAUCUGAUGAUUCCUCUGAUAGCGCCCCAGGAUCCUGACUCUACCACCAGUCCUACCAUGUUAAUACUGAGAGGAGACACUCAUCUGCCAAUGUAG